AUGCCAAUAAGCGUCAUUCUGGUAACUGGCGGAAGCGGUCUUGUUGGAAAGGCCAUCGAAACGGUGCAGCAGCGCGAUCCCCGCGCGGAUGAAAGGUGGGUGUUCCUCUCAAGCCGAGACGCCGACCUCACGUCGAUGGAGGCAACGAAGGCCGUCUUCGAGAAGUACAAGCCGACACACGUCAUUCACCUGGCGGCGAAGGUUGGCGGCCUCUUUAAAAACAUGAAACAGCCCGUCGAGAUGUGGCUUGACAAUGUUGCCAUAAACAACAAUGUUCUGGAGUGCUGCCGUGUCUACGGUGUCCAAAAGCUCGUGUCGUGCCUCUCAACCUGUAUCUUCCCCGACAAAACAACGUACCCCAUCAAUGAGAAGAUGCUGCACGACGGCGCCCCACAUUUUUCCAACGAGGCAUACGCGUACGCAAAGCGCAUGAUGGACGUCUUGAACCGGGCCUACCGUAACGAGUACGGGUGCAACUUUACUUGUGUUAUCCCUACGAAUAUUUAUGGACCUCAUGACAACUUCAACCUGGAGGACUCUCAUGUUGUCCCUGGUCUCAUUCACAAGUUCUAUAUGGCAAAGCAGGACGGCAAGUCCAUGACGGUGAUGGGAACUGGCAAGCCUCUUCGGCAGUUCAUUUACAGUGAGGACUUGGCGGAGCUAAUGAUUUGGGUGUUGCGCGAGUAUACUGAAGUCGAGCCCAUUAUUCUGUCCGUUGGUGAAAGUGACGAGGUGUCCAUUGCGGAUGUCGUCAAGAUGAUUGCUGAGUCCAUGGACUUCAAGGGUGAGAUCAUCUUUGACACCACCAAGGCGGACGGACAGUUUAAGAAGACAGCAGACAACAGCAAGCUUCAAAAAUACCUGCCGAACUACAAGUUUACUCCGAUGCAAGAAGGCAUCAACCGUUCCGUGAAAUGGUUUAUUGAAAAUUACAGUGCAGCUCGCAAGUGA